UAACAAUGACUACCCGACAAGUAUAUUGCGUGCUUGCGACGAACAACCAAAGAACAACCUUUGUGACAAUGUCUGCAUCUGUUGACUAAAAUUUGAAACCUAAUAAGCUUUUAACAAGGUCAACAGUUUUCAUCAACUCGCAGUCGACAAAAAUAAUUAAUAAUCAGUACGUGGUCUGAGAAUUGGUGUAAUCAAUCUGUCUUUAUUUAAGAUAAAAGUGUUAGUGUCCGCGAAAAUGAUCUGUACUUUGUUUUUCGCAAUCACAACGUUACAUGAACAUGGAUGACCUAAAAUGCGAAUAUGUAAAGAAAAAAAGAUGCUUUAAAUUGUCUUUAAAAGUGCUUGUUAAAAAAUAUGAUGCAGGUCGGUACAUCGAUUAUCGACAAUCAAACGUAAUAGUACUAUCGUUUAAUAGUUAGUGAGUGUCUCAGCAUCAAAAGUGAAAAUGUGAUGUGUCAAACCGAUUGUUUACUUCACGACGGACAGGUGACGGUGAGCGGAUUGUAGAAGUGGUACGUGAGGGCUGCGGGAGGCGGGCGGUAUGUCGGGCCGUUCGAGUCCCGUAAACGGCGGCUAUGAUGCUGCUGAGCCCGCUAUGAGGCUCUCUGUCCGCAAGGACCUGUUUCCCGAUAUUCAUCUACCUAAAAUAGGUUCCGACUCUGACUCAGAUACGGCACAAGAUGAGCUAGAAAGCGUUUCUUGUGUUAAAUUAGAGACAGAUUUUGAACAGAGCAUCGACGAUAUUGCUCAUCAAAGGAUGCAGGUCGUCAACGGAGCACUGCCGUCCCCGACACGGCCUCGCCACAGAAAACAUAAGCAGCACUCCAGACGCCAUACAGAUCAUUCAACUCUUAAUGGAUGUCUUCCUAAAGAGAGAAAAAGGAAAAAAAGUUCUCAUAAUUCUCAUAAAAGGACGCACACCUCUAAUAGUUUAGUGUCUAUGGUGAAAGGUGGUAAAAACUUAAACUUAGUAAGUAGUAGUGAGUGCCAGGGAGAUGAAGAAGCCGAGGAUGAAGAGGAAGAAGAAGAAGAAAGUGAAAGUUCAGAUGAUGAAGUGCUAAAGCGUAGUGUAAAGUUACCGUUAAUUAAUUUGCCACGACAGAGUGGCAAACCUUACAGUCAUGAACUUAGUCAAUUAUCAACAAAAAAGAGUAAGUCAAAGGAAUCUUCAAAGGAACAAAGGACUCAUAUAGUAAUACCUUGUAGUGGUAAACCUCGUUCCAUGUUGGGGCUCUGUAGUUCCCGUAGCAAAAAGAAAUCUAAGAAGUCUGAUUGUACACCCACAUAUCGAAGUCAGAUAGUGGAUACAAAAACUAAAAUAAAGAUUAAGAUUAGAAGGACAAGUGUUCAAGAAAUGGUAACACCUACACCAACUUCCAUAGCGGAUAUUGGGCAAAGAAAAUCGAAAAAGAAGAGAGCAGCAUCACCAAUCGCCAGUGCUAGCUCUGGUGAAGAAUAUGAUCCUUCUAGGGGAGACACUGCGGCUGCUAUGAGCGUUGCUGCGAUAAAACCAAGGCAACCCCGCCCUAAGGCUAAGAAAUCUAACAAUAAUAACUCCAAAACUAUAGAUAAAGCUCAAAAGACUGAGAGAAAUAGAAGUAGCACAACAGUUAGUAAGGAAAAUGGACCUCAAAGUCCAUGGGCAUAUUCCAUGCCUGAGGAGAUUUUAGCAAAAAUAUUUGAAUAUGUUGUUCAGCAAGGCACGCUACCAACUAUCAUUAGAUUGGGUAGAGUAUGUCAAUUAUGGCACAGUGUCAGUUGUAGGCCAGAACUCUGGAAGAAUGUGGACCUUUCGCAACAUACUGUUGAAAAAUGUAAAACAGACUACAAACUGGUCUGGCUUCUUGAAAAUCGCUUAACACAAUGCCAGAGUUUAAAUAUUGCUCAGUGGAAAGUGUGCAACGUGUCCUGGGUGCUAGCGUGCGUAGUGGACUACUGCCCAGGACUGGUGGAGCUUAGCGUGGCAGGCUGGAGCCGCAUCACGCCCGAGCAACUCUAUGACUUAGUGCAGGGUUUGCCCAACUUGCAACGCCUCGAUCUCUCUCUAACGUCCGAAACCGGAGGAUCGAGUACCUGUUUGUCGGCGGCAUCGAUGGCUCGUAUUGCGACGAACUUUGGCGUUCGUCUUACGCACCUGACUUUAGCAAAUAACAAGUUCUCUGCAUUACCGCAGAUACUCUCUUCUGUUGCUACCCAUUGUCCUAAUCUGGAAGUACUGGAUAUAUCAGGCGCUUUGGCUACGUCGCAUCCGGCGCCCAUUCCGUUGGAAGCUUUACAGAAAGGUUGCCCUAAAAUGAGAGUCUUCAGAGCAGCCAACGCUCAAUUAGUACUCGCCUCUGCGACAACUUCACAGCAGCUGGAGGCGGGCUGGUCGCAGCUGGAGGAGGUGUCCAUCGCCAGCAGCGCGGCGGCGGAGCGCACGGCGGUGGGCGAGUACCGGCUGGGCGACGACGCGCUGGCGCGGCUGGUGCGCGCCGCCACGCGCCUGCGCCUGCUGGACCUGCGCGGCCUGCAGCGCCUCACGGACUCCGGCCUCGUGCGCGUGCCCGCCUGGGACCUGCAGCACCUCUUCCUGGGAGGUUGCAAUGUUUUGCGUCAAACAAACGCGUGCCUCGAACUGAUCUGCGAGAAGUGGUCGCACAGUCUUCUAGAGUUGGACUUAUCUUGGGCCUCCGCUGCAAAAGUACUACACGAUGCUGUAUCCGCGCUCGCAGAUUCACCAAACAGCAAACUAAGAAUACUCAACUUGUGUGGAUCAUCUGUGUCUUACGAAGCUGUGAAAAAAGUUUUACUGAAAUGUCCUCAUAUAGAAUCUUUAAAUCUCAGUUCAUGUCGAGCUUUACCAAGAGGUAUGAAACGACUUUAUACCGGACAAGAACUUCAGGACCUCAAAGAUAGCUUAGAUCCAGAAAAAGCAAAACUUAAAGACAGUAAAAGUGACGAAUCCAAAAAGAAAAAAUCGAAAGUGUCCGUUUCUAAACCUGAAGAUGAUGCAAAUAAUGACAUUCCUGAAAGUUCUGGUAGCAAAUCAGAUAUUAAAUCUCCAGAAAAGUCUUCCCAGUGUGUGUUUCAAGAGCCAAAAAGUAUAUCUGAUCCUGGUACGAGGGUAUCUGAGAAACGAAUUUCUUCAGAAAUCCAAACAAUGUCUACUUCCAGCGGUAAAGUUUUAGAAAAAACAAAAAAUAAUUUAGAAAAUGUUAUGGAAAAUACGCUAAUUCCAAAAGGCUCAACUACUCCAAAUCUUUCGAGUCCUCUUGCUCAAUCAAAGCCUGAUUCUUCAUGUACUCCUAGGUCAGAUUCUAAGACUGACUUGGGAAGUCCACACUUUAGUCCCGUCCAAAAACCCGAUAGUCAAAUACCUAGUAGUCCCGAUGUUCAACCUGAAUCAAUAAAAAGUAAUCAUUCUUGGAAUUUAGGUCAGUUCAAAGGUACUCCAACCCAUAAGUCUGAAGCAAGUCCACUUAACAGGCUAGAAAGCCAUACCAAGAUUAGACAUAGCAAAGUAAUAGAGCAGUGUAGUCCAACAACUUCUCUAGAAAAUAAACCUAGUCCAGAAACGUUAUCAUUAAAGCAACAAGAUAUAAAAAAUCCUAAUACUUGGAAUUAUGGUAGCUACAGUCCCAUGCCAAGACAGGAAACUCAAUUUUCUUCUCAAAGAAGUCCAUAUUCAGCUCAACCGAGUCCUGCUCAACCAAGUCCAUAUUCAACACAGCCCAGUCCCUAUUCUACACAGCCUAGUCCAUAUUCUUCGCAGCCUAGUCCUUACUCUGCGCAACCAAGUCCAGACACAAGUCAAAUUGUUAAACCAGAUAUGCAAAAAACUGGGGCUUGGAAUACUGGCAAUUAUAGUCCAAUGCCUACUAAACAUCACGCUCCAUUUUCUCCUCAUCCUUCAACUCAUACCAGUCCCGAUGCUGGCCUUGGAAUGAAAAGUGACAGUCUUCGAAAUAAUCCUAAUAAAACGCCAGGUCAAUACAGUCCAAUGUCACGACAACAACAUCACAGCCCAUAUUCUCCACGACCCAGUGUGGAGAAUAGUUAUAACAAAAAGAGUCCGGGAGUGGGCAAGUACAGCCCUAUGAUGCGCCCAGACUGCCAUUUGCCCAGUCCUGAUGGCGGUCUUACGUCAAGACCCCAUUUAAGUGGAAGAACACAGGACGUGUAUGGCCGCUCAGUGCCUAAAGUACCCGAAAUUACUCCAAAUAUCCCACCGCCUGAAAUACCAAAUUCAUGGGGAUUUAAUCAUAUGAGCAAUCCAACAUCUGCAAUGGAGUCCUUAGUAUGGGGUGGAUCUUCGUUCAAUGCGGAGCCAACGCAAUCUCCUCUACAAUCGCGCGUCGACAACAUACCUACAAUGUUGAACACGCCACCACCGCAGCCAUGGAAUGAAUUAUCACCUUUUGACAGUGCUAUAAGAAGACAUAACGAUGUAAGUGAUCCAUGGACCUUAGGUCAGUUUAGAGUAGAACCGCCUAAUCAAGUACACAACAAUUUUGUGGAGCAAAAUAUAAGCUUUGAAUCGUUAAGUGCCCAUAUAGGACAUCAGUCACAUGUGCUACAGAGUUAUCUAGACGAUGGUUUUAAUGAAACUUCACGCGUGGACUGACGAUCCCAAUUGUCUGCACCGUCUUACCCCUCGAACGAAUUUUCAAUUCUCGAUAGGAUCCCUUUCACAAUACCUGUUGAGACUUCUUCACGGAGAAAGUUUGGGUGAUGUAAUUAUAGUUUUGAACAAUUAUUGUUAGUAAUUGUAAAUAAGAUUAUCUAGCUAGUUAUAAGUGUAAGGAAGCUAGAAAUGCAUUCAAAUUAUUUUGCAGCCCAUAGUUUAUGAGAGAUACAGAUUAAUUAUAUU